CUCGAGACUCGGGAGAGAUGAUGCAGUAAAAGGGGGGGGGGUUGGCUUGGUUAAUACACACCAUGUACGCCGCCACCUUGGAGAGAACGACCACCAUUUAGGCAUCAGCAAGGGAGCCAAGACAUUCAUGAUUUUCUCAGCGAAGGCGACCAUUCAGGAAUCGAGGCGGUCCCGCUUCACACAAUUAUACUAUUCUUUUCAUUUUAUUUUAUCUAUCUUCGAUACGAUGGGUAUUAACAACCUCGCCGUUGAGCUCAUCGGUCAAAUCAUCCAGCCGUUAUGCCUGUACUGUACGCCGGAGCCGCGCGAGGACGCGGGCGAGGACUCGGACAGGCGCCUGAAUCACGCAGAGAAGGCCCGUUUCUCAUCUCUCGCCUCCCUCUGCUUGGUUUCACGCUGGCUCAAUGCCACGGCUACACCGCACCUCUACCACUACCUCAUUGACCGUAACUGGCCCCUACUCGCCUGUACACUUCUCGCCCGUGCCGACCUCGCCCAAACCGUCAAGGCACUGUGGUUCCACCAUUACUCGGACGCCGACAAAUCUCAGUCCUCGCCGGAGGUCGCGGCGUAUUUCGCCAAAGAGCUGCAGGCGUAUCAAGACGGAGUUUCCGACGAGAGGAGAAAUGAAAUAAGAAUGUGGGAGAUGCCGGACCUAGCCAACAUGUUCAGCACGCUGUACAGCACCCCGCUCGACAUGGUCGCCAGCCUGUGCCCCAACCUCGAGGCCGUCGAUAUCACACCCGCCGUCUACGAUCUCUUCAUCUUCAACCGGCCGAACUCGCUCCCGCGCCUCCGCGCCGCCGCCUUCCGCCACUGGGACACCGAAGGCGCCAUCGGCCCGCAGUCGCUCCUACCCUUCUUCCACGCCGCCCCCAACCUCACCACCAUAACCUUCCACCGAGCCAACGACUACGACGGGCUCGCGGCCCCGCUCGCGCAGCUCACCCACCUCGACUUCCGGCGCAGCGCCUUCGGCGCGGAGACGCUCGCGGGCUUCCUGGCCAGCUGCCCGCGGCUGGAAAGCUUCAAGUACGAGUGCGGGGGCGCCAACGUGGGCUACGGCCAGUUCACGCUGGCCGAGGCGCGGGACGCGGUCCUGGCGCGCGCGGCGGCGAGCCUCGCGCUUUUCCGGCUGUCGGUGGCCGACGACGACGUGUCGGUGGAGGAGUGGGAGGAGGCGGAGCUGCUCGAGAUGACACGCCGGCUGGCCGAGCGGGGGAUCCGGUUUCAGUUUUCGUGGGAGAAUAUGAAUGGGGUGGAGUGAUGGGAUGGUACUUUACCGGAGCAAGGGGAAUUGAGAAACAAUAUAGCUUAUCGGGCGAGUCAAACUUUCCCCGCUGCUUGAGGGAGCAGCUUAUUCCAUAUAGGCCCAACUCACCACUCGAUGGGGUUUGACCCUUGCGCCUACGACUCAUGUCAACGACGAAACGACUUUGUAUUAGUUACUGUUUAAUGUAAUGAUACGUAUAGAGAAC